AUGAGGCUGCUGCCCAGCCUGGCCCUGGCCCUGGCCCUGGUCCUGGCCGCAGGGAUCCAGUUACAGGAGCACCCCUCCAAGGAGUCCCAGAACCUCAACUGGGGCAAGUUCUCAGGGUUCUGGUACAUUCUUGCUGUCGCCACCGACGCCCCGGGCUUCCUGCCAGCCAGAGACAAGAGGAAGCUGGGGGCAGCCGUGGUGCAGGUGCACAGAACGGGCCGGCUGCUGGUGACCGUUGCCUUCAGCCGGUCUCGGGGCUGCCAGUCCCAGGAGGUGAGCCUGCGGAAAGACAAGAAGAAGGCCGUGUUCAGGAACACCCUGAGGGGAGUGCUGGGCUUCCACGUGCUGUCCACCGACUACAGCUACGGCCUGGUGCUCCUCCGCCUGGGCCGCGAGGGCUCUGGGACUGGGCCGGCCGGGAGCCCCGGGGUGCGGUGCUGGGCCAGGCAGCAGGGCCUGUGUCAAGCCAAGGCGGCCUGUGGCUCCCUUGCAAAUGCGCAGAACGUGUCCCAGUGCCUGGAGGUGACUGAAGCACGGGAGUCACACGCAGGGCAUGUGGUUGUACGGCUGUGCCACUUCAUGUCGGGGACCGGCACGUGCGUGCAUUCUGCCACCCCGGGGGCUCCUAAACCUGUACCCAGGCCCGGAGCAGCUCCUGAACUUCGGACCUGGCCUCACCAUGCGGCAGCCCCUCUGGCUGUGCGGGACAGGGUGGGCGGGGUGUAG